AUGGCGGCGAGGAAACUACAACAAGAAGUCGACAAGUGCUUCAAAAAGGUGGCGGAAGGCGUUGCCGAGUUCGAGGCCAUUUACGAAAAGAUUGAGCAGUCAAAUAACCCGGCCCAGAAGGAGAAGCUGGAAGACAACCUCAAGCGCGAAAUCAAGAAGCUGCAAAGACUGCGCGACCAGAUCAAAACAUGGGCCGCCAGCAACGACAUCAAGGACAAGGCUCCCUUAUUGGAGCACCGCAAACUGAUUGAGACUCAAAUGGAAAAGUUCAAGGCCGUGGAGAAGGCCAUGAAGACGAAGGCAUACUCCAAAGUGGGCCUCGAGGCCGCCGCGAAAUUGGAUCCCAAAGAACAGGCCAAAGUCGAGGCAUGCGAGUUUUUGAGCAACAUGGUUGAUGAGCUGGAGCUACAGAUCGAGACGUUAGAGGCCGAGAACGAAUCCAUACAAGCCACCCUGAAAAAGGGCAAGAACAAGACCGCCCAAGAGAACCGCAUGGCCGAGAUCGACCAGAUCAUCGAACGACACAAGUGGCAUCAAGGCAAGCUGGAGCUGAUCCGAAGAACGCUGGAGAACGGAGGCAUCGACACCGAUCAGGUCGAAGGCUUGAAAGAGCAAAUCAGUUACUAUGUGUCCGACGGUAUGAACGAAGACUACAUUGACGACGAGGAAAUCUACGACGAGCUGGACCUGGAAGAAGAGGAAGGCGUCUUUGGCAUGGGCCAGGACACGGAGAAGAACUCAUCCCAAGACACCCAGUCCAUACAAGACGACGUCCACGAUCUCGAACCGCCGCCUAAAGCGAAGAAGGCCGUCAAGGAUACCGACUCCGUGGCGUCGUCAACGCGGGGGAAAUCGGCAUCCAAGUCCCCCUUACCGGCACUGGCGACACUGCAUACACCGUUAUCAACGAUAGGGAAUGGGGGGAGCGGUAGCCCUGCCAUGAAGCCUGCUUCCAUCCCCACAAGGCCGGCAGGGGAGGGGCUCAAGUAUGCAUCUGCCGCGGCCGCAGCGGCGGCCAGCGAUAAGAACAACGUUGGCAUUGCUCCUCUGCCACCACCACCUGGCUUCAACAUGGGCAUCUCGCCGCUGCCCCCCGCGCAGUCGAGGACGAGCGCAACCAACUCCCCUGCCGUCUCGUUUGUGCAGCCCGUUCAGGCUCCGACGCCACAAUCCUCCGAACCCAAGCAGCCCGCGCCUGUGGCUGCACCGGUCCCGGCACCCGCACCCGUGGCCAACGAGAAUGCCGAGCCUCCAAGUACGAAGCCGACGAAGAAAUCAAAGGCAUCAGGAAAGCAACCGGCUACCUCGGAGGCAUCGCAAUCGGAGUCUAGUACCGCCCCUCAUACCAACGGAUCCACAAACGGUGUCAAGUCUAUUACGGAAGAGCGUGAAGAGGAGUCCAUCUACCACCUACCUGCAUCUUUACAAGACCUCGUUGAUUCGUAUGAGACGGCACGAAAACGGCCGUAUCAGCCUCUAUCGCAGUCCACUCUGAGUCUUAUGAAGUCGAGUCAACUCAGCUAUCCAAGUGCCUUCGAAGCCGACAUCCCGAGGACGUAUCGCCCUGACCUACCUGUGCCGCAAACUGGAUCCGGAUUCCCCACACAGCCAUUGCCCAUAUUCGAUGACCCCCGGCUUUACUCGAGGAUAGAUCCCGACACGCUGUUCUACGUAUUCUAUUACAAGCAAGGAACAGCACAGCAAUACUUGGCUGCAAAGGCGCUGAAAGACCAGAGCUGGCGGUUCCAUAAGCAAUACCAGACAUGGUUCCAGCGACACGAGGAGCCCAAGAACAUCACCGAAGAGUUCGAGCAGGGCACAUACCGGUUCUUUGAUUACGAGAGCACUUGGAUGAACCGAAGAAAGGCAGACUUCAAGUUUGCCUACAAAUUUCUCGAGGAUGACAUUUAG